UCAUCUUCGGUACCAUGAGAGACACCUCAAACCAUCACUGGCGCGUUCCCUUCCCUUAUAAAUAAGUCUCAGUGCCACAGCAACUUCCUCAAAACGAAAAAAAUGGCUUCCCCUGCAAACCAAGUUACCUAUGAUAACAAGCCCACCAUUGACGAAGAAGAUGGAGGAGUCGAAUAUGCAGGCACAUUGGCCAGCUCUUUCAUCUUCCCAAUGGUGUUUAAUGCAUGCAUAGAGCUCGACGUGCUUGAGAUCAUUAACAAAGCAGGCCCAGGUGCCCAACUCUCGCCCCAUGCCAUCGCUGCUCAACUUCCAAUUCGCAAUAAUAGUCCAGAUCAUGCGCCAGCUGUUUUGCUGGACCGCAUGCUGUAUCUGCUUGCUAGCCACAAUAUUCUCAGUUGCUCUGUGGAGACCCUCGAAGAUGGUGGAGGAGGAGUUCAGAGAAGUUACGGUCUCACUUCUGCUGGGAGGUGCUUUGUAAGAAGCGAGCAGAGUGGAUCCAUGGCACCCUUAUCUCUCUUCGCUCGUCACCAGACCAUUAUGGACAUGCGGUUUCACUUGAAGGAUACAGUGCUUGAAGGUGGGUUCGCAUUUGAGAAAGCUCAUGGAAUGUCGAUGUACAAGUACAACAACAAAGAUCCUAUAUUUGGAGAGGCUUUCAAUUUCGCCAUGAGUCAAUACUCCAUCCUUGUGGUCAAACAAAUUCUUAAGAAAUACAUGGGUUUUGAGGGCCUGUCGACGUUUGUAGAUGUUGGUGGUGGAAUAGGAGGGACCCUAAACUUGAUCAUCUCCAAUUACCCUUCCAUUAAAGGCAUUAACUUUGAUAUGCCUGAAGUAGUACGCAAUGCCCCAUCUCUUAAUGGUAUAGAACAUGUCGGAGGAGAUAUGUUCAAAGAAGUCCCAAAGGGAGAUGCCAUAUUGUUGAAGCUUGUUCUUCACAAUUGGGACAAUGAGCAAUGCUUGAAAAUACUGAAAAAUUGCUACAAAGCCCUGCCGGAAAUCGGAAAGGUAAUUAUCAUUGAACCAGUGUUGCCUGUAGCCCCAGAGUCAACCAACUUCUGCAAGAUGGCAACACAAAUUGAAAAUAUAGUGUUCAAUCAGCUUGGAACUGGAAAGGAGAGAACAGAGCCUGAGUUCAGGGCCUUGGCAAUUGCAGCUGGAUUUUCAGACUUCCGAGUUGCAUGCUGUGUUUGUGCCCAUUCGGUCAUGGAGCUCCACAAAUAAUAAUAAAAAGAGUGGUACAGAGAAAAAUGGAUCUAUAAAGAUAUCCUAUAAACUGACCUGACACUUAUCACUUUAUUCGCUGCCGCUCGAGGUGGUCCACCCCCUUUUUUUUCUAUGGUUUUUGGUCAUUAAUGUGUUUGGAAUAUCUCGGAGAGGGAAUUACCAAAGCAAGUUAAUUUGAUUCGUGUUGUCGUGUAGGCUCUCUCCUUUUAUACGAAUCUACAACUCUCUUUACUGA